CACCCGCCACACUUGAUGUGACCCCGGCCCGACGCUGCGGCUGCCCCUCUCACCACCCCGCGCGCUCCCCACCGCCACCCAGCCCCUCACCCCCGGAGCGCACCGCUCACCUCGCCCCUUCCCACCUCCUCGCCGGGGCCGGGCGCCGCGCUAGCCCUCCGCGUUCCCUUCCCCUAGCCACCCCCAACCCACCCCCCCGCACCAUGAGCAACCUGAAGCCGGACGGCGAGCACGGCACCAGCACGGGCACCGGCACCGGCACGGGCUCGGGCUCCAGCGGCACCCUGGAGGAGGAGGUCCGGACACUGUUCGUCAGUGGGCUCCCUGUGGAUAUUAAACCCAGAGAACUCUACCUGCUCUUCAGGCCGUUCAAGGGGUAUGAAGGGUCCCUGAUCAAGCUCACAUCGAGACAGCCUGUUGGUUUUGUGAUCUUUGACAGCCGGGCAGGAGCAGAAGCGGCCAAGAAUGCAUUGAACGGUAUUCGCUUUGAUCCUGAGAACCCUCAGACCCUGAGGCUAGAGUUUGCCAAAGCCAACACCAAGAUGGCCAAGAACAAGCUAAUGGCUACACCAAAUCCUACCAACGCUCACCCUGCCCUAGGAGCACACUUCAUCGCACGAGACCCCUAUGACCUGAUGGGGGCCGCUCUGAUCCCCGCAUCCCCAGAGGCCUGGGCCCCCUACCCUCUGUACACCACAGAGCUGACCCCAGCCAUCUCACAUGCUGCGUUUACCUACCCAGCCGCCACUGCUGCUGCCGCUGCCGCCCUACAUGCUCAGGUGCGCUGGUACCCUCCCUCUGAUACCACCCAGCAAGGAUGGAAAUAUCGUCAGUUCUGUUAGUUCUUCAGUCUGGUCACCACAGCUCGAAGCCCCCCGCCCGCCUCACUGGGGAGGGAGCCACCCUGAGCUUCCACUGCCCCCAGGUGGCCCGUGCAGAGCUGCUGCUUCCCUCCAAAGACUGUGAAUUUUAAGCCUGACUCAGUGGACUCUGUUUCCUUUCUCUCCUUUUCCUCAGCCCUGUCCUGCCCCAAAGCCCCUCUCCAAGGCCUCACGGCAGGAUUCAGGGGCCUUCUCACUGGGACACCCAGACCCAGCUCAGAGGUCUCACUGGGACUGAGCAAGGCCUGACCUCCAGUCCAAAUUUGCUUCCGUAGCCCCACCUCAAAGAAAUGAGGCGUUUAAUUUUGCAUGUUUUCCUGGCAUGAAUUAAGACACUUAAACUUGUAUAUAUGUGAGUGUACAGUUUGUUCUCACAUUGUGUCACCAUAGCAACAAGUCCUGGCCACUAAUGGUUCAUCAUUCCCGGUCCCCCUCCCCACACACCCCUCCCCUGCACCCACCCUGCUUCAGUGAGGACCAAGCCCUGCAGCCAGUUCCGCCCAGCGGCUGGCGGCCUCCACCACCCCACACACUUCCAGGCUGAACAGGAAGGACCACCCAGCCAAGAUAGAGCGUUUUCUUGGUCAUUUCAAAUUGGGGUCCUCUGCUUCCUCCCCCUCAGAUGGGCCAACAGCCAUUAAGAAAACUCUCUCUGCCCAGUUUCGCUUAAUCUCCACGGCGCACCCCACCCCUGCCAUGGCUCCUCAUGCUUUUCAAACUUCAAAACCAACCAAAAAGUGAAAGUAUUUUUGUACCCUGUGUAACAAAAUAUUUAUGCAACAUAAAGGAUUUUUCAUGUGUGUGUGCAAUUAAUUAUUGAAGAGACCUUGUCCGCCCUGUCAGAUAAGUUUAACAUUUUAGUUUGAGGCAUGAAGAAGAAAAGGGUUUCCAUUCUCCAGCAGUGAGCCUUAGCGUCAGCCAUUAGUUUAAGAAAAAUGAAGGAAAAAUUGUGCAAUUUUUUUGUU